CCACUGACAAAUGAGAACGCACUACAUGCGGGGAAUGUCCUCUCAGUCUCAAACACUCGUUGCCCAAUACUAUACCCCUAAGAGUACACACUAUAUCUAACUUUUUGCAGAGAGCAAUAAUUUGAAGAAAAUAUUCAAUUAUUGAAGUUGAACCCCCCCUCGUGCUCUCUCGUUUCUCGAGCUUGUGAAAAAGAUGAAAAAUUUGGCGAAUGCUGUUGGAGCCAAGACGGCGAGAGCUUGCGACAGCUGUGUGAAGAAGCGGGCACGGUGGUACUGCGCCGCUGACGAUGCUUUUCUAUGCCAGUCUUGCGACACUUUAGUCCACUCAGCGAACCCUCUCGCUCGCCGGCACGAGAGGGUUCGUUUGAAGUCGGCCAGCCCCGUGGCCACAAAGUAUAGCAGCCACAACCACUCAGCUUCUUGUCCACCGCUUGAAGCUGCAACGUGGCAUCAAGGGUUCACUCGUAAACCUCGGACUCCACGUGGGUCUGGUAAGAAAAACAAUUUGUCGAUAUUUCAUGAUUUGGUUCCGGAGAUUAGUGCAGAGGAUCAGACGGACAGCUACGAGAUCGAAGAGCAGCUGAUCUGUCAAGUGCCGGUUCUUGAUCCCAUGGUGGCUGAGCAGUUCUUAAACGAUGUCGUUGAGCCAAAGAUCGAGUUUCCUAUGAUUACAAUCGAUGAUCAAGAGGACGAAGACAACGCUGAAAGUUGUCUGAAUGGUUUUUUCCCGACCGACAUGGAGCUUGAGGAGUUCGCUGCUGACGUGGAGAUUCUACUCGGUCGCGGGUUAGACGUCACAGAGUCCUAUGCGAUGGAGGAGCUAGGGUUGUCUAAUACAGAGAUGUUUAAAAUCGAAAAAGACGAGAUAGAGGAAGAGGAAGGAGAAGAAACAAAAGCCAUGAACAUGGGAAUAUGCUGCGGUGAGGAUCGGGGCGAUGGGGAUGGAACUGUGGCGUUUGAGCUGAGGUUUGAUCACGACUCACACAACACAUACGAAGAAGAGGCGAUAAAGAAUGCUGAUUGUAUUAAGGUGGAGGAGGAAGAGCAAAAGAAUGUUCUAAUGCUGAGUUUAAACUACGAGUCGGUGAUAUCAACUUGGGGAGGCCAAGGUCAACCGUGGCUGUCAAGAGAGCCACCAGAACGAGACAUAGACAUCAGUGACAAGCCAGUUGUUUCCAUGGAAAUAAAUGGAGGAGAAAGUCAUCAUAAGCAUUACGUUGGUGGAUGUUUACCAUCAAGUGGGUUUGGGGAUGGAGGAAGAGAAGCUAGGGUUUCGAGGUACAGAGAGAAGAGGAGGACGAGAUUGUUUUCAAAGAAGAUAAGGUACGAGGUACGUAAACUGAAUGCAGAGAAACGACCUCGAAUGAAAGGAAGAUUCGUUAAGAGAGCUUCACUUGCUCUAUCUGCUGCAAGUUCACCAUUGGGUGUGAAUUACUGAAUAUCCUAGCUAUUUGGCUAUAGCUCACUUUACCUUUUAAAUUGAAUGUUUUUUGGUGGACUUUUUUCUUCUGCAAUGACGGAAGUUUUUUUGCACUUAAUUGUGCUUUGUGGGCUUGAUAUGUACAUAGGGAAACCAAAUAAUGUGACUUGUAUGAAUAGAGCUGAUGUAUAUAUUAUCUGGUAAUAAGAAUGUGACAAGGCACUUCCAUUGUUUAAA